AUGACCCUUAACUAUGGUCCACAGCCACUCAAGGAGCUCAAUACAGUGACUAGGCAUGGAUUCGAGGAGCAAUACUCGUCGGAACAGCAGCUAGAAUCACUGGAAAAUGACUUUAUGUUUUACUUCGAUGACAAGAGACAUCGAACGAAUGGUAAUCCUACUCCUGAUCAAGUCAAGGAAGAGGACAAAGAUCAUUAUUAUCAGCCGAUUUACGAUUGGAAAAUAAUGAAAGAACGGCACAAGACGGUUUCCGCAGCGCUUUUGUUAUGUUUGAAUUUGGGAGUGGAUCCACCAGAUGUCGUCAAAACGCUUCCCUGUGCGCAUUUGGAGUCUUGGGUGGACCCUCUGAAUUUCCAGGACUCUAAGAAGGCCAUCGAGCAAAUAGGCAAAAACUUGCAAUCGCAAUAUGAGACUUUGUCGCUUCGGACGCGUUACAAGCAGUCCUUAGACCCAUGUGUGGAAGACGUCAAGCGGUUUUGCAAUUCGUUGCGCAGGGCUUCUAAAGAUGAAAGAAUUUUGUUCCAUUACAAUGGGCAUGGUGUCCCUCAGCCCACACCGUCCGGUGAGAUGUGGGUUUUCAAUCGUGGAUAUACUCAAUAUAUACCCAUUUCCCUUUACGAUUUGCAGACGUGGUUAGGUGCUCCUUGCAUCUACGUUUAUGACUGUAACAGCGCGGGCAACAUCGUCUCGAAUUUUCAGCGGUUUGUACAGAAAAGGUUUAAGGACGAUCAAGAUGGAAAUCACGACAUGGCGGCUCCAUCGCCAACGCAGGCGUAUGCGGAGUGCAUUCAAUUGGCUUCUUGUCAGACAAAUGAAAUUUUGCCCAUGAAACCUGAAUUGCCUGCUGAUUUGUUCACAUGCUGUCUCACUUGUCCUAUUGAAAUCAGCGUUCAAAUUUUCCUUAUGCAGUCGCCACUACGAGACACCAAAUACUCUAUUUUGUUUCAAAACCACGAUCAACGGAAACAAAGCAGUCACGAUAGAAUUUCUGCUCGAAUGCCAACCAUUACGAUACCGGGAAAAUUGUCCGAUAGAAGAACACCUCUGGGCGAAUUGAACUGGAUUUUUACCGCCAUUACGGACACUAUAGCUUGGACUUCACUUCCAAGGCCCUUGUUCAAAAAGCUUUUCCGCCAUGAUUUAAUGGUAGCAGCACUUUUCAGAAAUUUUCUCUUAGCGAAAAGAAUAAUGCCGUGGUACAACUGCCACCCUAUUUCAGAUCCCGUCCUACCUGAUUCUAUUUCUAAUCAUUCCAUGUGGAAUUCAUGGGAUUUGGCCAUCGACGAAGUGCUCAAUAAACUUGUUGAAGAUUUGAAAUCUUCUCACACCAAUCCGGGAGACUUGGAUUCUAAACUACUUCCGCAUGAGCAACAAUUGGAAGCAAAGGACGCUGCAAUCUCGAGUGAAGACUCUCUUCAUUCAAAGGCCGCAGCGGGGACUCUAAGCACAAUGUCACUGGUAAACCACCAUCUCUCAGGUGUAAGCUCCAUUUCACCACAGCAACUUAGCCAGCAACAGCAACAGCAAAGUCAGCAACAACAACAGUUCACAGGGUUUUUCGAACAAAACUUGACGGCAUUCGAACUUUGGCUUAAGUUUGGAGCUAACACUCGGCAUCCACCCGAACAGCUACCUAUAGUUUUACAAGUUUUACUUUCCCAAGUGCAUCGCGUACGUGCCCUGGUUUUAUUGUCCAGAUUUCUGGACCUUGGCCCAUGGGCAGUGUAUUUGUCUUUGUCCAUUGGUAUUUUCCCUUACGUCUUGAAACUUCUUCAAAGUCCAGCGCAAGAACUGAGACCAAUUCUUGUUUUCAUUUGGGCACGCAUAAUGUCGAUUGAUUACGCUAAUACUCAAGCAGAACUUGUGAAAGAAAAGGGUUACUUAUAUUUUGUCAAGAUGUUGGUUCCAGAACUGGCAAUGCCAGUUGCACCUCAGCUUCAAAGAACAUCAAGCAGUGGCGGGGCACUUACAAUGAACGCUGGAGCAACUCUCGGUGCUCAGCGCCUGCAUCAUUACCAAACAGCGCAAAGUCAAGGGACAAACCCCGCCCUUGCUCUUGCCAAUAAUACGACUGAUGAGCAGAAAGCUAUGGCAAUUUUUGUUCUUUCCUCUUUUGUGCGAGACUAUCGCGUCGGUCAAAAAGCAUGCUUCUCUGCAGAGCUACUUACAAAGCUGUGUUUCUAUAUUGAAACGUCUGAGAUUCCUCUUCUACGUCAGUGGUGUGUCAUUUUGAUGGGACAGCUUUUCGCUGGAAAUCCUCUGCAUAAGCACAUAACGCUGGCAAACGGACUUACUGAAAAUCUUUUCACUUCAUUGCGUGAUCCGGUUCCUGAGGUUCGUUGUGCGGCCUUAUUAGCAAUCAAGGUCUUCAUUUCAGAGGUUGACGAAGGAGAACAAGCCGUUAAUCUUCAACAAGAGUUACAGCAGCAAAUUCAACAACUACAAGGACAGUUGCAAAACUUACAAACUGCGGGACAGCUGCAGCGUCAGCAAGCCCAAGUGGAGAGGCAAUUACAACAAUACCAGAUCUCUUUGAGCCAAUUCAAAACUUUGGAUUUGAGACAAUUAAAACGGGAAGAGAUUAGAAUGGCAAUCGCAGCUUUGGGAUUAGUGAAUGAUGGCUCUCCAAUGGUUCGGAAAGAACUCAUCAUAUACUUGUCACAGCUAGUCAAACGCUAUAUCAAUUUCUUUAUUGUCAUUGCCUUCAAUGAGCUCUGUGACGAAAUUGCGCAGUUAGAGGCCCCAAAUAAUGAGUCAAAAUCUUUCGAUAGCAGGCAGUCGAUCGCACAUGGCUCAAUUUUCAAUACAGUUUGGAAGGCGCUUUUGAUUCUGGCCGAAGACCCCUACUUGGAGAACAAAUGCUACGCUGAGAAAGUUGUUGACUACGUCUUAAUCAAAUUGAGCGAGCAUCAGCAAUUAGGGGAUGUUGUUUACUUCAUGGAAAAUUACUUGAUCAACCGAACAGUCGCUAAAACCUCGUUAUCCCCCACUCCAUUUCCAACUUCUACGACUCUUCCCACUCCGAAACGUCCGCUGAGCUUGUCUGACAAGUCUAAAGAGAAUGGCGUGGCUCCAUCGACUGAGAGUGUCAAGAGCUCAAAACGAUCUGUUUCACUCAGUGGCCUUUUAAGGACGUUGGGAUUUGAUACGGCAUCAGAGAGAGACUCAAAUGAUUCAGGCACGCGGAAGUUUAGUAAAAGACAGGGCUUAUCACCCCUCAGUGUUCCACACGGCAUAGCUCCACGGGCUAGUGUUCCGCGCUUCAGAAGGAUUGAAGGUCCUUUGGAGCUUCCGCUGAAAAGCAACUUUUUGAAAUACUGCGGUGAGUACUUCCAGGAGCCCCAAAUGAAAAGAUCAGAGUCAGAUGAACCAGGUAGUGUAGAUUAUACUGCUAGGCUAUGGCGGAGAAACAGGAACGAAGAUAUUAUUCAGACCACCCAAAACGAAAAGAAGUUAGCGUUGUUCGGUGACUGGUCUCACAACAUUGCUACUUUAGAUAAUAAAACUCCACCCAGGCUCUUAAGAUUCACUCAGUUUGAAAAUUUUUUGGCUUCAGCAGACGAUAGAGACAACAUCACGGUUUUUGAUUGGUUUGAGAAGUCAAAGUUGGCGACCUUUUCAAACGCCAAUCCUUUUGGCACUAAAAUUACCGACAUGAAGUUUUUGAAUGAGGAUGACUCUCCACUUUUGCUGACGGGGUCUUCUGACGGUGUAAUAAAAGUUUAUCGAAACUUUCAAGACCUCAGCAACCUGGAAAUGGCAUCUUCUUGGAGAGGGCUCACUGAUUUGCUGUUAACCCCUCGUUCAACUGGGCUGCUCACAGAAUGGCAGCAAAGUCGGGGAUCUUUGUUGGUGACCGGGGACGUCAAGAUUAUUCGGGUGUGGGAUGCACUGCGGGAAGCUGUUGAGGUGGACAUCCCUGCGAAGUCGUCGUCACUCAUCACAUCCUUGACGUCGGAUCAACUGUCAGGAAACGUCUUUGUUGCAGGCUUCUAUGAUGGAUCCAUACGUGUUUAUGACCGGCGAGUCGAUCCGCGAGACUCUAUGAUUAGACUGUGGCGCUCUUCGACCUCUAUGAGGAAUUCAUGGAUAACUAAUGUGCAUCUCCAAAGAGGAGGCUACAGAGAAUUGGCUUCUGGUUCUGGAAAUGGUAUUGUCGAUUUAUGGGAUAUCCGGUCUGACAAAGCAAUCUCGUCUUUCAACGCCGUCGAGGAAGACAGCUCAGACUAUAAGAGGCUAACUACCAUGACAUGUAUGCAGGUUCAUGAACAUGCGCCUGUGGUCGCAACAGGAACAAAGCAAAUCAAACUGUGGACUACUUCUGGAGAUCUUUUGUCGAGCUUUAAAAACACCACCUUCACACACGGCGGGGGUGUCGCCAGCACGCUCGCCACGGGCAUAGGAGGUGCACGUCUGUCCAGCUCCUUCAUCUCUUCUCUCACUUUCCAUCCACACAGAAUGAUGCUUGCAGCUUCAAGCUCUCACAGCACCAGCAUAAACGUUUAUCAUAGCACCGAGGUCCCAUAUUAA